AUUGCCUCUCAGAGCCUCAGUGACACUACGUGGUUGCACCGUGAAGCUCUUAGAAACAACCUGAAGGCCGUUAGAGAGAAAACCAACUGGAAUUUAUCGCCUCUUGCAUAAUAACACACACACAGUCAACACGUAAGGUCAACAGCUCGCCCCGCUGAGGGGGGACAGGACCGUGGGGACCGAAGCUGUAAGUACACGCUGCUUGAACUGAAUAUCUGGACUGAACACAACAACAGGGGACCAGACUCUCCUGUCCCUCCAAGCAGGAGAACUAUCCUGCAACUGCACAUUAAUCUCAGAUUCACGUGAAGUUUGAAAACUUCUGCACGUGCCAUUCCGUUUUGGAUUCCUGGGACUUUUGGCACACCUUUACGCACGCCUGCGCAGCGCUCUGUGACUGUCACACACCGUCUGAUGUGAUUGUGUGUUAGAAAGUUUAAAUCCGCCUGGGACUUCAUGAUCAAGUUGUAAACAGCAGGAGGCGAAGAAGGAUGCUUGGAAAGUAUUUAUAACACACCGAGCGGAGGAGACGAAAUCUUUUCGUGUUACUUGAUCGAGCAGAACCGGGGACAGUAAAUCACAAGGAGGCAAGUGGGCUGCAGAGGUGAAGCGAGGACAAGACAGGUUGGUGUCUCCAAAUUCACCGGGCUCGAGUUUCAGCCGCCCCGGGGGCUCCUGGUAUUAAAGCGUGCAUUUGACCUGGGAUAAGUUGUCAACAAGAGCAGCGAGCGGAGGCAAACUGGCAGGUGUACAAGUUCAUUUACAUGCAUACGUAUAUUCACGCCACUAUAUAUAGAAGUUGUCUUAGGGACGAGCAGCCUUAAUAAGUUUCUCCACCCACCCGCCGGCCCUGCAGCAGCUCCACGCACCGGGCGUGUGCGUGAGUCUAUAUAUACACCAUACAGGCUUUUAUUCCUCUUCGCAAUCUGUAUCCGAGAGGGCUGCCUGCCGUCGGUUUGGCUGUGAGGGCAGGAGUCGUCGCAUGGACUGACAUGGCCACCGACCUCGCCAUGAGCGCAGAGCUGCCCAACAGCCCUCUGGCCAUCGAGUACGUCAACGACUUUGACCUGAUGAAGUUUGAGGUGAAGAAGGAGCCGCCGGAGGCCGACCGCUACUGCCACCGCCUCCCGUCGGGCUCCCUCUCCUCCACCCCGAUCAGCACACCCUGCUCCUCCGUGCCUUCCUCGCCCAGCUUCUGCGCCCCGAGCCCGGGCGCGCAGCCCAACCAGAGCCUCACCAACGGGGUCAACAGCAGCGGCAGCAGCAACAACAGCAGCGGCAACAACAAUCACAGCAACGCGGGCAAGCCUCAGCUGGAGGACCUGUACUGGAUCCCCAGCUACCAGCACCACAUCAACCCCGAGGCGCUCAACCUGACCCCGGAGGACGCGGUGGAGGCCCUCAUCGGUAACGCGCACCACCAUCACCACCACCACCAGGCCUACGAGGGCUUCCGCGGGCAGCAGUACGUCGGGGAGGACCUGUCCACGGCCUCGGCGGCCCACCAUCACCAGGCCCAUCACCACCACCAUCACCACCACCACGGCCACCACGCCCGCCUGGAGGACCGCUUCUCGGACGAGCAGCUGGUCAGCAUGACGGUGCGGGAGCUGAACCGGCAGCUGCGGGGCUUCAGCAAGGAGGAGGUGAUCCGCCUGAAGCAGAAGAGGCGCACCCUGAAGAACCGGGGCUACGCGCAGUCCUGCCGCUUCAAGCGCGUCCAGCAGAGGCACAUGCUCGAGACCGAGAAGUGCACCCUGCAGAACCAGGUGGAGCAGCUGAAGCAGGACGUGGCGCGCCUUGUCAAGGAGAGGGAUCUUUAUAAAGAGAAGUACGAGAAGCUGGCCAGCCGGACCUACAAUGCCGGUGGACCCGCGAACACAAGAGAUCCGUCCGGGAAACAGGCCAACACCGAGUUCUUCAUGUGAGAGACUGAUGAUUUGUAGCAUAGACUCUGAAUUACACCCCCACCCAAACAUCCUUGUUACAUUAAUUUAUAUUUUUCAGCGUUUGUAUUUUGUUUACAGUUAUUCUCUCGACAGAAAAGACUUUCACACACAACAUCUGAACAAAUAAGCGUUAGAUGUGCACAGAAGUAAUCCUUGUGCGCAUUUUAAGUCUUAAAGAUGUUUUGGCUAAACUUCUGUAAGCCUACAACGACCUGUCAUGUAGUGAUGUGGACACAUGGGAUCACUUAGCCUGUAGACGUUUCUCUGGUGCAACAGAACCGUGGUCAGAAGUCUUACUGAACCAACCUGACAUGUGACAUGACUGUCUUAAUUCAGAGAGAGAUGAUUUGUCUUAAGAGUGGGGGGAAGAAUGAUCUUUUUAAAAAAUCAAAUUGGACUGAAAUAGAAGCAGAAAAAGCAAUACACCGCCUCUCCUCUGGCUGUAGAGAGCUCCACAGACUGUGUCAGAGAGGUGGAGGCGGUCUGUGAUGCAGAGAAGAGACCUUUCAAUAUUGCAAGUCUAUAGUUUCCCAUCCCUAUUUGCAACCCUGCAUGCAGGACAUGUAUGGUAACCUCCAGUCAUCUCCCAGAAUCCUUCCACAUGUAUGGAAAGCAUGGCCCAUGGUUCUCUCCUCCUCUAACGCUUCUCCUCCUCCCUCCCUCCCUCCCUCCUCUACCAUUAGUAAGGCCUGGGUAUGCAAAAAGCCACAAAAUGUUCCCUCCAUAAACUCCCCCCCUGAGAGGUGCAAGGACUGCGGACUAAAACGCAAAAACAAUCUGCUACUGCGAAAAAAAUGGAUGCGUCUUUAACUGCUAUUUUCAAUCAAUUUUUCUAUUGUUUUAAAAAAGAAAAGAAAAACGACAAAAAGAGAUUAACUGAGCCAGAUUUUAGACUGUAUUUAUUUCCACCUGUACAUAAUGUGUAGAGAAAAAACAGUUACCUGUGUUAUUUUACCUUCUCUCUUUUUAAAGAAAACUGCUUUUGUUGCUUGGAUUAUUCGAAAUGUCUUAAUACAAAUGUUUGUAUGUUACAGCAUGCAAAUCGUCUAUGGUAUCCUCCUCCUACUGAACAUGUGUAAUGUCAAAGGCAAGCCUAUACUGCACUAAGAAGAGAUCAAACUGGACGAACCUUUUGUUUUCUACUCAUAGGACCUUUGAUCUGUUGCUCUCUAAAAACCUGGAUGUAAAUUCGAUGAGGUGAAAUCCUCAUUUAUUAGAUGGACAAAGGACUGCAUUCGCUGCUAAAACUCUAUGCACCAACCUGAUGAUUAAAAAGACUUAGUUUCUUUUUUUCUUUUGUUUUUUACUUUAAAAUAUUUGUAGAGGAAAAUUUCUAGGGCCUGCGGGUUUAUUCUGCAGCCCGGUGUCUUAAUAAGAUCUUGUGUCUGAUAGGAGGAUGCUUGAUUGUUUUUUGAAAAGAGGAGACUUUUGCCUGGUGGUAGAGCUUACUUACUGUUCUUGGAGUAACUCGAUGCAUUAUUCUGUCAACAAAGAAAUCCCUGGUUCGUGUGUUUUCUGCUGCCUAGAUAUAUGUGCAAUAUUGUGCAGAAGUGUCCGAAGCUCAGCCAACCUGUUGGAGGGCGAGAUGUGCAGGAAGAGAGACUGGAAAUAUUUCAUUCACAUCAAAACGCCACGGAAAAACAACCAGAAAAUACGCGAUAAAUUUGAGAUAAUUAUUAUUUCUUGCUCCCCAAAAUGCCUGAUCUUUUUGUGUGAUCAAAAAUUAAACUUAAUUCUUGCGACCAAAUCUAAAAAAAAAGAAAAAAAAAAUCUUUUUUAAAAUGUAGGCGAGCAACAGAUUCUCUUUGGUAACUCUCUUUGUUUUCAUUUCAUUUUUUGCUUUUUGCAUAACCUCAAAUUUAUAGUCAUUUUUCCAAAAGCGACCACAGCCUAAAAUUAAAAUCCUAAUUUGAUUUAAAGAAGACUGCGCUCAAUGAAAGGCGAUAAAAAGGAAAGCAAACUUCUGCACAGUGCUGUUAAUGUAUAUCUGUACAUAUAAUUUCUAUAUUUAUUCAAUGAACGUGUCCUAACGUGUCAACAAGUGAAAAACCUACAAAGUGGAACGUUGUUGAGAAUCUUGUUUUCAUAAUGUUUAAUAAAAAGUUCUGUCCCAAA